AUGGCGGCGGCGGGCAGCGAGGGGCCCGGGGGUGCCGGGGCGGGCAGGGCCCUGCAGACCGCCAUGAGGGCGGCGAGCGGCGCUCUGGAGAUGGACAGCGGCGGGCGGCGGCGGGAGGCUUACGUGGAGUACCUGAGGAGCAUCGCCUUCAUCGCCCAGGCCCUGCAGGAGGAGGCGGCAGGGACAGAGGGCGGACAGGGGGUGACCCCCGACACCCCGAAGAUGCUGAAGCUGGCGGAGCAGUGCCUGGAGAGGGUCAAAUCCAUCGCCGCGGCGCUGGGGAAAGCCCAGGGGAAGCCGGCAGAGCGCGGCGGGGGUCGUGCAGCCCUCCCCAGGCACCGCAGGGUCUUCUCGGAUGAGGGGGGGAAGCUCUCCCCCUUCCUGCCCCCGGAGAUCUUCCAGAAGCUGCAGAUCACCGAGGCUCACAGUGGACGCAAGGAGCUGACACCGCUGGAAGAGGCCUCUCUGCAGAACCAGAAGCUGAAGGCUGCCUACGAGGCGCGGGUGGCACGGCUGAACCCCAGCCAGGCCCUGCAGAAGACCUCCCUGACACUGUCCCUGCAGCGGCAGAUGAUGGAAAACCUGGUGAUCGCCAAGGCCCGGGAGGAGACGCUGCAGCGGAAGAUGGAGGAGCGGCGGCUGCGGCUGCAGGAGGCUGCCAACAGGAGGUUCUCCAGCAGCGUGGCCCUCACCCCCGAGGAGCAGGAGCAGCGAGCCUUGUACGCUGCCAUCCUGGAGUACGAGCAGGACCACGAGUGGCCGAGGCAGUGGAAGGCCAGGCUGCAUCAGAGCCCAUCAGACCCCUCCCUGGUGCCGGGGCUCUUCUCCUGCCUCCUCAGCUGCCCUGAGCACCCCAUCGCCCGGCUCCUGCGCCAGCUCCAGUGCCGGGUCUACGCCCGCCUCUACCCAGCCCUCAGCCAGGACCCCGCCGAGCCCAGUCCAGAUGCCCCCUCCAGCCUCCCCUUCCCCUUGCCGGAGGCGGGGGGCUCUCUGCCCACCCAGCCGGGGGGCCGCCGCCUCCGGGCCUCCCGCAGCCUCCACUGCAUGUUCUCGGUGCCCGAGCACGGGGCGGCCGCGCUGCGGCACAGCCUCUCCAGCACGCCCCUCGCCGACGCUCCGAGGGGGGAAGGCGGGGGACCGGAGGUGGCUCCCCAGAACCCCCGGGAAGGCUCCUUCGAGGACCUGGAGCGGUUCUUGGCGUCCCCUGAAGAACCGGAGCCCCCGGCCGGCACCGAGCUGCCGGAGCAGCUGAAGGGCGUCGUGCGGGACAUCCACAACGCCAUCGACAGGCUGCUGGCGCUGACACUGUUGGCCUUCGAGGGGCUGAGCACCGCCGCCGGCAAGGACCAGAGCCUGGCCUGCCUGGAGGAGGCCUUCUUCCCCCCGCUCUGGGCCCCGCUGCUGGCCCUCUACAGGAGCGUGCACCGGUCCCGCGAGGCAGCCCUGGCCCGCAGCAUGGAGCGGCACCGCCACGCCGGCCCCGCCGACAUGGGUCUGUCCUCACGCCUCUUCCCCCCCGCCGCCGGCUGCCCCGCGUACGGCUCCGCCAUCCAGGACCUGCGGCUCAUCCCGCUGGAGAGCUGUCCCCGCAGGAAGCUGGAGUGCAUCGUGCGAGCCCUGCGCGGCAUCUGCGAGUGCGCCGAGGAGUACUGCGGUGCCCGGGAGGGCCGGACCCCUGCCUCUGCCGCCGUUGGGGCGGAUGACCUGCUGCCCAUCCUGUCCUUCGUGGUGCUGCGGACCGGGCUGCCCCAGCUGCUCUCCGAGUGUGCCGCCAUGGAGGAGUUCAUCCACGAGGGGUACCUGAUCGGGGAGGAGGGGUACUGCCUGACCUCCCUGCAGAGCGCCCUGGCCUACCUGGAGUCCCUGCCCUGACCGGACCCCAGACCCCAGACCCGCCGCAGGCACGUGCCGGGACCCCGGAUGUGCGCGGGCUCGGUGCAGCGUCAGGAGCACCGGGAGCAGCACCGGGAGCAGUACCGGGA